AUGGUUCAACUGCCAAUCUGCAGGCCUCUCGAUUUUAUUCUUGAUGAUAUUGCAAAGUUAAGGAAGCUAGUGCCCCCAACGCGUGAUGAUCCUAAUAGGUUUCCAAAGUUCAUCUUCAAAAUGAUGAUGAGCCAUCUUGAAAACACGGAUAGUGAUGCUGGUGGUGAAGAUGUCGGGACAUCGAUCUGUGAGGAGGAGCAGUCGGAGGUGGAUGUUAUGGAUCUGGAUGAGGAUCCUCAAUUAUGGCCAGAAGAGCUGUAUGAUGAGUAUUACAAAGAGGAACAGGAGAAGAUGCGGAAGGGGUUAGAGAAGGUGAGGAAGUAA